GACGGCGGAGGCUUCAAACCGGCGCUUGGCUGCCGCCGCCAUUUCUGUAGAGGGGAAGGGCGGAGAAAGCUGCGUUGAUGGCGCUGUUCCCGGCCUUUGCGGGCGUGAGUGAGGCCCCCGAUGGUGGGAGCUCCCGGAAAGAAUUAGACUGGCUGAGCAACCCUAGCUUUUGUGUUGGAAGCCUGCCGUCGCUGAGCCACCAAACUGAGGAGCCCACGGCCCUGGUUUCUGAAGGGGCACCACUGCCAAGGAGUUCUUUGAAAUCAGAACCUGCAGAUGAAAGUGACACCGACCAGAAGCUCAUCCAAACGAGCAGAAAAAAGAAGAAAGAGAGGAAGAAGAAGAGGAAGCAUCAGCAUCACAGGAAGACAAAGAGAAGGCGCAGGCAGUCUGGCAGCAGUGAGUCUGAGCCGAACACUGAUUCUGCCGAGGACGGGCCCUCCAGGGGCAGCAGGAGGGCCUCCGAGAAACCAGGUCCAGGAAGUAACUCUGCUGCGGAGACUGGACGUCGCCUUGUUUGGCUUGAGGAUGUCCAGGCUGUGAGUGGAGAAACCUUCAGAACAGAUAAGAAGCCUGAUCCUGCCAACUGGGAGUAUAAGUCUCUCUACCGCGGCGAUAUAGCAAGAUACAGGAGGAAAGGAGAUUCCUGCCUUGGCAUAAACCCCAAGAAACAGUGUAUUUCUUGGGAAGGGGCUUCCACAGGAAAGAAGCGGACCCGUAAGCAUGUCGAACGCUAUUUUACAAAGAAGAGUGUGGGACUGAUGAACAUCGAUAGCGUCGCCAUUACCAGUGAAACUGCAUCUCCCUCGGCGGAGCCAGGCCCCUUUAUCCCAGUGAAGGACUCGGAUGAUGUGACUGCUCCUGUUGCAGCCUGGCUGAAUCCUUUAGGGGUUUAUGAUCAGUCAACCACACAGUGGUUACAAGGACAGGGUCCUUCCGAGCAAGAGUCAAAGCAGCCUGACUCACAGGCAGACAGAGAGAGUGCUGCUCUCAAGGCCAAGGUCGAGGAGUUUAACAGGAAAGUUCGGGAGAAUCCUUGUGAUACUCAGCUGUGGAUGGCAUUCGUUGCUUUCCAGGAUGAGGUCAUGCGGUGUCCUGGUCUGUACGCCAUCGAGGACGGCGAGCGGGAGACGCGGAAGAAGUCCCUGAGGCUGCUCCUGGAGAAGAAGCUGGCCGUCCUGGAGCGGGCCGUCGAGAGCAACCCGAGCAGCGUGGAGCUGAAGCUCGCCAAGCUGCAGCUGUGUGCCGAGUUCUGGGAGCCCUCCGCUCUGCUCAAAGAGUGGCAGAAACUGAUUUUUUUACACCCUAAUAAUACAGCCCUUUGGCAGAAAUACCUUUUAUUUUGCCAGAGCCAGUUUAGCACCUUCUCAGUAUCAAAGAUUCACAACCUGUAUGGAAAGUGCUUGAGUACUUUGUCGGCUGUGAAGGACGGCAGCGUCUUGUCUCACCCCGCGCUGCCUGGCACGGAAGAGGCGAUGUUUGCGCUCUUUCUUCAGCAGUGCCACUUUCUGCGGCAGGCUGGCCACUCGGAGAAGGCCGUCGCUUUGUUCCAGGCCAUGAUUGACUUCACUUUCUUCAAACCCGACAGCGUGAGAGAUCUGCCGACCAAAGUGCAGGUGGAAUUCUUUGAGCCCUUCUGGGAUAGUGGAGAGCCCCGGGCUGGGGAGAAGGGAGCCCGGGGCUGGAGAGCGUGGAUGCACCAGCAGGAGCGCGGUGGCUGGGUGGUCAUCAACCCAGAUGAGGAGGAGGAUGAGCCGGAAGAGGACGACCAGGAGAUAAAGGAUAAGACUCUGCCCAGGUGGCGAAUCUGGCUUGCUGCGGAGCGUUCCCGAGACCACAGGCAUUGGCGGCCCUGGCGCCCUGAUAAGAGCAAGAAGCAGACAGAGGACGACUGUGAGGACCCUGAGAGACAGGUGCUGUUUGAUGACGUUGGACAGUCUCUCAUCAGACUCUGCAGUCCCGAUCUUCAGUUCCGACUUGUGGAGGCCUUUCUGCAGGUCCUGGGUGUGCCUUCUGGCUUCACGCCUCCCGCCUCCUGCCUUUACCUGGCUCUGGACGAGAACAGCAUCUUUGAGAACGGGCUUUAUGAUGAAAAGCCCUUGACGUCCUUCAGCCCUUUGUUUUCUGGUGUCAGCAGCGUUGGCCGGAUGGACCCGCUGGGCUGUCGGCGGUGGACCAGGGGUCACGGUCGAGAGGGCGAGGACUUCAUCCGCAACAUCUUCCACCUCGUGAUGCCUUUGUUUUCAGGCAAGGAAAAGUCUCAGCUCUGCUUCUCCUGGCUGCAGUACGAGAUUGCCAAGGUCAUUUGGUGUCUUCACACUAAAAAUAAGAAGAGAUUAAAAUCACAGGGGAAAAACUGCAAAAAACUAGCCAAGAAUCUCCUUAAGGAGCCAGAAAACCGCAACAACUUUUGCCUCUGGAAGCAGUAUGCGCAUCUGGAGUGGUUGCUUGGCAACACCGAGGACUCCAGGAAAGUUUUCGAUACGGCGCUCAGCUUGGUGGGAAGCAGAGACCUGAAGGACCAUGAACUCUGUGAGCUUAGCCUGCUCUAUGCCCAACUGGAGGUGGAGACGGAGCUGUCACCAGACUCCACGGGGUCCGCCACGGCCCGAGCUGUCCACGUAUUAACCCGACUGACCGAGAGCAGUCCCUACGCGCCCUACACGGGGCAGGUGUUGGCUGUGCACAUUCUGAAGGCCCGGAAGGCUUAUGAGCACGCGCUGCAGGACAGCCUGAGUGAGAGCUGUGGCCCCACUCCAGCGCCUGUCCCUUCUGUCAGUUGCCUGAUCAGCUUGGUCAGGUGCUUUAUGCUCUUCCAGUAUUUGACUGUAGGGAUUGACGCUGCCGUGCGGGUAUACGAGCAGGUGUUUGCCAAACUGAAAGAGUGUGUUUUCCCGGAAGGCUCUGGCCUGGAGGACAGAGCGGGCUCCCCGAGUCUGAGCGGAGCCCUGGAAGCGGUCACCCUGAUGCACACGAGUCUGCUGCAGUUCCACAUGCGAGUCAGCGUUUACCCUCUGGCUCCUCUGCGAGAGGCACUCUCAGAGGCUUUACAGCUGUAUCCUGGCAACCAGGUUCUUUGGAGGUCAUAUGUGCAGGUGCAAAAUAAGUCCCACAGUGCCAGCAAGACUAGAAGGUUCUUCGCUGCAAUCACCAGGUCUGCCAAACCCUUGGAGCCUUGGCUGUUUGCAAUUGAAGCUGAGAAGACGAGGCGAAGGCUGGUAGAGACGGUCCAGAGGGUAGGUGGUGGAGAGGUCCACUCCACGAUCCCCGAGACUGGCCUGACGCACCGGAUCACGGCCCUGUUCGAGAAUGCGCUGCGGCGUGAUGAUGGCAGCCAGUGCCCCCUACUGUGGAGGAUGUAUUUGAACUUUUUGGUCUCCUUAGGAAAUACAGACAGAAGUAAAGGUGUGUUCUACAGAGCACUUCAGAAGUGCCCGUGGGCAAAGGCCUUGUACCUGGACGCUGUGGAGCACUUCCCCAAUGCCAUGCAGGAGGUGCUGGACCUGAUGACCGAGAAGGAGCUGCGUGUGCGCCUGCCGCUGGAGGAGCUCGAGCUGCUGCUGGAGGUGUUGGCACCUCUGGGACAAGGAUGGCUGUGCCUGGGGGAGGAGCUGCCACCACCUUCUGUGCCGUGUCCCAGAACCGACACGGGGAGGCGAUCUCUGUGGACAGAGGCAAAGGACACCCUGAUGUGCCAGGUAAAACCAUACACAGGACUGCUGUUCUCACCUAGAGACAACAUGGCUGUUUCCCGGCUGCGCGAAGGGUCCCCAGGGGAGCUCAGUGACUUCCCCACAGCCAUCCUGAAUGACUGCCCACUGGCCCCCAGGAUCUGCAGGGGCAUUCCAGACCGGGCCUCCAGGUGAGGGUGUGCAGCCACUGCCACCAGACACUACGGUUCCAUCAAACUCGAAGUCACCAGCACUGGAAACUGCUCACAGAGACAGCUCCUGCAUCGGCUGCAGCUUAAUGCUACAGGAACUAUCAAUUUAUUGUUACCUCCAUUCCCUAACUCAAUAUCAAAUAGCCACAGCUGCCAAGCUCUGAGUCAGUUAUUGGUCAGAUCAGUAAAGAAGCAUGCAACACAACUCCCAGGCACCCAGAGGAGGACAGCACUCGGAGAACGAGGCCGAACCCCAGGCCUACCUUAAUCUCCUGGAUCUG